CUGAACAGCCAUGUUGCAGGUGCAGCAUAGCCUCCAUGAGCUACUACUCCUGCUGCAGGCGAGGUCUCCGUCUCCACAUGCAGCCCUAGUGGUCUAUGCCUUGCUCGUCUGCCCUCUUCUCGUCAUCCUGGUCGUGCGCCGCUUUGGGACGGCCACCGCAAGAGAGCAGCUGCUGAGCAAGCUGCCUUCUCCCAGCUUCAGGCUGCCCAUCAUCGGCCACCUGCACCUCGUUGGCUCCCUCCCGCACGUCUCCCUCCGCGACCUCGCCGCCAAGCACGGCCGCGACGGGCUCAUGCUCCUCCGCCUCAGCGCCAUCCCGACGCUCGUCGUCUCGUCGCCGAGCGCUGCCCAGGCCGUGCUGCGCACGCACGACCACGUCUUCGCGUCCCGGCCCUACUCCCCCGUCACCGAAAUCCUCUUCUGCGGCCCCUCGGACGUCGCCUUCUGCCCCUACGGCGAGCACUGGCGGCAGGUCAAGAAGAUCGCCACCACGCACCUGCUCACCAACAGGAAGGUCCGCUCCUACCGCCAUGCGCGCGAGCACGAGGUGAUGUUGGUCAUGGCCAAGAUUGGAGAUGCAGCCUCCAAAUGCACCUCCAUCGACUUGAGUGACCUUCUUAGUGCCUUCACAUGUGACAUCGUGUGCCAUGUCGUCUCCGGCAAGCUUUUCAGGAAACAAGGCCACGAUAAACUCUUUCAUGAGCUCAUCGACGCCAACGCAUUGCUUAUCGGUGGAUUUAACCUGGAGGACUACUUUCCCAUGUUGGUGAAGCUGGGCAUCAUCAAGAGGAUGGUUUGUGCCAAAGCUCGAAAGGUUAACAAGAUGUGGGAUGACCUUCUCAAUAACCUCAUCGAUGAGCAUGCAAGCAAGCCGACGUCAGAACAUGACAACGAGGAGAAUGACUUCAUCGAUGUGUUGCUUUCUAUUCAACACAAGUACAACCUCACGAGAGACCAUAUUAAAGCCCAGAUGGCGAUCAUGUUCGAAGCUGGGACAGAUACAUCAUUUAUAGUACUGGAAUAUGCGAUGAUUCGGCUCGUGCAAAAUCCCCACCUCAUGCAGAAGCUACAAGAUCAGUUGAGGAGUUCUAUACCAAAGGGAAAAGAAAUGGUUACCGAAGAUGAUAUCAACAAUUUGGCCUAUUUGGAGGCGGUCAUCAAAGAGACACUUCGGCUCCACAUGCCCGCACCGCUCCUUGUGCCCUACCUCUCCAUGGUCGACUGCAACAUAAAAGGCUACAAGAUACCUUCAGGAACACGCACCAUCAUCAAUAGUUGGGCCCUUGCAAGCACUACACCACGGUUAAGUUUUGGUGACACAUCAAUCUGUUGGAAUAUGGUACCUUUGCCGACAGAUAAUUUGCCGCUAACACAUAUGCUGACAGAAGACAAAAUAGUCGGAGGACUUGCUGUGGGCAAAGGUAUUGCCGACAGAAGUUCACUUGCCGACACUUUUUUGGUCGGCAUACACCCUACCUACGCCGACAGAUGAUAUGUCAAUGUACACCCUACAUACGCCGACACAUGGUCUGUUUGUUUACACCCUACCUAUGCCGACAGAUGGUAAGACAACAUACACCCUACCUAUGCCGACACUUGGUCUGUCCAAAUAGGUCUUUAGCAUUGCCGACACUUAGUCUGUCUAAAAAGGUCUUUGGCAUUGCCAACACAUAGUUUGUCUGGCUACGGGUGUAGUUCUGCCGACACUUUCUCCAAUGGAAUGUUUUUGCCGACAUAUAAAUUGUUGGUGAGAUGGUAUACUACCAGAACUACAAUUGGCUAUUGCUCUGAUUCAAAUGUCAUACAAUGUUCAACUCUUAUCCACAAACAAGAUCAAGAACACAUAUUGCACAAUCAUUGAUCACAGAUUCAAACUCAAGUCAAUCUUGACAAAGCAAAGUUUGGCCAUGUUGGCAAACAUCCAGAAAACACAAGUCACAUAAAAGGACCCUUAUUUGAUGGUCUAAAAGAGUUCAAACACUAAAUGGUCCAAACACUUAAGUCACAUCCACAGGAUUUCUACUCCAUAACACUUGAACACCAAAUGGUCCAGAACACACAUAAGAUUCAUGAUUACAAUUAAGUUGGCUGAUCCAAAAUACUGCAGUCAACCAAAUGCUCCAUAACACUCCAAAGUCAUCACAUCCAUGAAUACUAGGUGGCUGAUUACCUGAAAAUAUUACACAAGAAUUUGGUAGAAAGUGCAGUCAGCUCAAGUUCUUCGAAGCUCAUAGGGAGAUUGGCAGCCAAGAGAAGCACAAG